UCAAAAGAAGCAGGCAACUUCGAAGGGUCCCCAAAACCCCAGCAAAGCCUCUUCUUCCUCCUCGCGAGUGGCGACCAUGGCGUCGUCCUUCUCAUUCAACCCCUCCUCCUCUUCAUCCUCUUCCUCGUCCCAGUCCCAGCAAUCAUCCUUCUCAUUCUCCUUUGGCUCCUCUUCCUCUAUCACCACAUCAUCCUCUUCUCCAUUCUCCUUCGGAUCCACAAACUCCUCAUCUCCUUCCUUCUCCUUCGGAUCCACUGCUUCACUGCCCUCAUCAUCCUCCGCUCCAUUCGCCUCGCCAUCUCCUUUGACCACCACCGGCUUAUCCUUUGGGGCUCCUUCUCCUCCUCUCUUUGGCGCAUCAACAAACCCUAGUUCUUCUGCUCCCAAACCCUUCCCCUUCUCCCUCGCAGGUACCUCGUCCUCCACCACCAUGGCCGUCUCAACAUUAUCGACCGCACCUUCAUCCACUCCCAUCCCGCCUUUUGGUUCAACACCGUCUCCAGCUCCGUUCGGAUUCGGAGCAGGGUCUUCGGGCACUGCGUCUUCAUCUCCACUAUUUGGAACAUCGGGGUUCUCCUCCUCAUCUGCCGCAGCUUCAUUAUUCUCUGGUUCAACAUUGUUCACCGGAAGCGCCGCCUCGUCGGUUUCCGCGACUACGGCAACAACUACUCCACCACUCCCCUCCUUCUCUUCAUUUCAAGCUUCUUCUUCAUCGGCCAAUACCACCACGCCUGCGUUCCCUUCCUUUUCGACUCCGAGUUCUCCUGGAUUCCCAUCACUGUUCUCAGCUUCUUCUUCUUCUUCUUCCGCUUCUUCUCUAUCCUCUUCAUCUGCUUCCGCUGCGCCAUCCUUCGCCUUUGGAACUGGCUUCUCCCUCUCAAAGAGCACCGCUUCAUCAUCACCCCCAACAUUCGCUACGUCCUCUUCGUCUUCGGCCACAACCUCCGUCUCUUUGUCAGCAACACCUAUAUUUGCCACCACGGCUACCCCUUCGCCAGCAUCAGCCCCAAGCGGCAUAACAUCGGUAGCUCCGCCUUCUGAUGGACAGUCCGCUGCCAGACCGUCAUCCACUUUAGCGUCUGGAACCUCAGAAUCUUCCGCCCCCAACUUCUCAUUCGCGUUUGGUUUUGCUCCCUCCUCCGCUACCACAGCAUUGUCUAGCACCGGAGCAGCGAAAUCGUCUUCUUCAUUCGCUUUCGCUGACGCUACUGGUGUUGCGGCCUCCUCCGCCGCUGCAGGAUUGUCUAGCACUGGAACAGCAAGACCGUUUUCCUUUUCAUUUGCCGGUUCUUCUUCAACACAGUCUGUUUCCACAGCACCGGCAGCUGCUGCUUCUAGUGUUCCUGCAUCAGGAACAACUGCUGCCCCAACGGGUUCACCCCUUACCGUGACAACUUCACAAGCCGCCCCUACUUCUAGUAGUGCAUCCACCAUGUCAACGGCUGCCCUGUCAUUCCCGGCUUUUGGGGUGGGUUUAUCACCAUCGACAACAGCACCACCUGCAAUCCCUGCUGCUAGUGCCGUUCCAAGUUUUUCAACGCCUGCAUUGGCUGCCUCAACAGUGUCGCCUCUUUUUUCAUCUGCAGCACAAUCAACAUCUGCUCCGACAUUUGGUGUAACUCCUGCUGCAUCUGUGGGUUUGUCAGCUUCUGCUUCCACCACAAGUCAGACAUUAUCUUCUGCAAUUGGAGCUAGUACUAGCGGAACUAGUACAACUUCAAGCAGUUUCGUGGCAUCGCAAGGUCCUAAAUUACCAUCAGAAAUCGCAGGGAAAACUGUUGAGGAGAUUAUCAAAGACUGGAAUGCUGAAUUGCAGGAUCGUGCUGCUAAGUUUCGGAAGCAGGCUACUGCAAUAGCCGAAUGGGAUAGAAGGAUCUUACAAAAUCGUGACAUUCUUAUCAGGCUUGAGGCUGAGGUAGCAAAAGUUGUUGAGUCACAGACUAUCUUGGAGCGACAGCUUGAGCUAAUCGAAACUCAUCAAAAAGAGGUUGAUAAGGCUUUGAAGAGUAUGGAGGAAGAAGCCGAGCGUAUUUACAAGGAGGAGCGCGGCUUACUUCUUGCAGAUGAGGCAGUGGCUGUAAGAGACAAAAUGUAUGAACAGGCAGAGUACAUUGAGCAGGAAAUGGAAAAGAUGGUUGAGCAGAUAAAAUCAAUUAUACAAACUCUAAAUGCUAAUCAGGGAGGUGAUCUUGCUUUGGUCGAGAGUAUGACUCCAAUCGAUGUUGCUGUCCGGAUACUUAAUAAUCAGCUCAGCUCACUGAUGUGGUUAGAUGAAAAGGCUAAUGAAUUCUCAAACCGUAUCCAAGAAUUGGCCAACCGCGGCACCCCAUUAAGUCAGAACACACAAGGAACCAAGUUCUGGUUGCAUUGAUGGAUUCAAGUGGCACAAGUGAAUCAAACUUUGUGCUAGCAAGUGUGGAAAAUUUUGGUACAAGUUGAGAUAGAGAUGAACUAGGGGUUCUCUGGUCCCAGCUAACUGGGGUAAUGAAACUGAUUGCAGUGCCAAGUAUUUGUGUUACUAUGACUAGUGAUAAAAAAAUGUCUGCUUGCAAGCUUAUGCACCAGCUAUUUGACCGUAAUAUGAAAUAUUACUUGGGGAAGCAUUGCUUUAAUGUUUCUUUAAUUUUUAUUUUCAGCUGCUCA